UUCUUCUGCUCCCAUUGAAAGGCAUGUGGGGACAAAUUUCACUGAUUUUCCUGCUGUUCCCCUCCAGAACGGUGAGCUCUAUGCGCCAGGAAUGUGCGUUCGUGCUACAGGUUCUGGAACGAGAAAAACAAUGCUACAAUAGAAUGAGAGUGGAGAACGAAACAUAUUCUGGUUCAACAUCUGGAGGGUGUCUGACAGAAUGGGAUGGGAUUAACUGCUGGAAUUCAGCCUCUCUCGGAGAGAUAGUGACAAUGUCCUGUCCAGAUAGUCUGCAAAUGUUCCUGAAGUCUGAAGUUUUGAUCCAAAGAAACUGCACUGAACAUGGCUGGUCCCCCCAUUCCCCAUCGUAUUUUAAAGCUUGCUUAUUUAACAGCAGCUACGACACAGACGAAAAGGCAAGUCAUUUUCAUGCUGUGAAAAUCCUGUACACUUGUGGAUAUGCCGCAUCGCUAUCCGCCCUCGUAACCGCAAUCAUAAUCUUCUCUCUCUUUAGGAAGCUGCACUGCCCCAGAAACUUCAUUCACAUGAACCUGUUUGUGUCUUUCAUCUUACGUGGCGUUGCUGUCUUUGUAAAAGACGCGAUUCUUUUUGCCGAUGAAAAUAUUGAUCAUUGCACCAUGUCCACAGCAAGCUGCAAAGCCAGUAUGAUAUUCUUCCAUUUCUCUGUCCUUUCAAACUUCUCCUGGUUGCUGGUAGAGGGGAUGUACCUACACACCUUACUUACCCUGACUUUCACUUCUCAGAGGAGGUAUUUCUGGUGGUAUAUCGUUAUUGGUUGGGGUGUCCCGGCUCUUACAAUCACAGUAUGGAUUAAAACCAGAAUUACAUUUGAUGAUACAGGAUGCUGGGAUGAUUUUGAGAACAUUUAUUGGUGGAUAAUCAAGACCCCGAUACUGUUUGCAAUAUUUCUUAACUUCAUCAUAUUUCUGAAUGUCAUAAGGAUACUAAUCCAGAAGAUCCGAUGCACAGAGAUUGGGAAAAACUACAAACAACAGUACAUGAGAUUAGCCAAAUCUACUCUUCUUCUCAUCCCUCUCUUUGGAGUACAUUACGUAGUGUUUGCUUUUUUUCCUGAGCAUAUCGGAGUUUGGCCGAGGCUGUAUUUCGAACUUGUUUUAGGAUCCAAUCAGGGUUUUAUUGUGGCUUUGCUGUACUGUUUCCUGAAUGGAGAGGUACAAACAGAGAUUCAGCGGCACUGGAGCAAGAGGCAGAGUACGUUAGAGAGCAAUGUCUUCAAUCUGGUGACCCAAGAUUUUACGGCAUAAUCUUCCUUCAGUGUGAUCUAGCCACAAUUACAUCACAUGUCCUAGUUGAGUAUUUAUAGAAUUAUUUAUAAACUGGGGACUCACAAAGUAUGCAAUUACAUAGUGUAAUUGCUCACAAUUAUAAUUAUUUAUAUUCAAGUGAGUAAGAGAAUGUAUAUUACCACAAUUAUCUGUGACAUUCUACAUUCAUCGAAAAAGCCAAGCACACCUCUCUUACAGCACUCGAUGAAGGCAGUGUUUUGACCCACAUGGGGUCCUUAUCAAGCCAGGGCCAUUGCGCCCUGUGAGUGAGUACUGACUGGUUUUGAUUGCUUACGUCAUUGUACCUUGAGCAAUAUUUUGUCUCCCAGGGCAGGACAUCUGUGGGUAAUUUGGUGUUGUUACAUCACCUCUACCCCAGCUAGACUUAGACCUGUGAGGUUAUUCUGAAUGAUUACCAUAUGGAGAGCCACUACAUUUGAUACAUGGUAUAUUUUUUCUUUAUUUCUUAUAAAAGAUGUUCUAAAUAAAAUAGCAAUGUUCCAUU